GGGGAAACCCCAAGCCCAACAAAACACAAUAAGAAACGCUUUCGCUUCCUCUUCCCAAAUAAACCACCUCACCGCCACACCACCGUGGAGUGGCAGUUCCAAUCUAACGCCGCUAACUCUCACGGCUUCCCAUAACAAGGCAACGAGCGUUACUGCGUUACGCAUGCUACCAAAAGUGCCAAACCCCACGCUAAACACGCCGUUAACCUCACCAUCUUGUUUUCAGACUCUGAGACUAUAAACAACAGCUGAGCCAUUUUACAAACCCGAAUCCGAAUGUCUCGUAUUGCAGCGGAGAAUUUCUCGCCGGUGAGAGGUACUUUGGGAAUUUUCAGUCACAUGGAGCUCGACGACAACUCGUCACGCUCCGACACCAGCGCGUCUCCGACACUUGGCGAGCUGCUGAAACGAGUCGGCGAUGCGCGGAAAGAGGCCACAGGAGAUGGCAACGAGACGCCGGUGCACCAGGUGGUCGACCUCACCGACGCGACACUCGAGCCUCGGCCCCUACCUUUCGUCCUUUCGUUCAGCAACUUGACCUACAGCGUCAAGGUCCGCCGGAAGAUGAGUUUUCCGGCUAUCUUCUCCCGGGAAAGAAACCUGCUCGGCGCCGCCACGACCGCCUCUCCUGAGGCUGGAGAGAGCCUGUUCACAAGCACGAAGACUCUCCUGAAAGACAUUUCCGGCGAGGCGCGCGACGGCGAGAUCAUGGCCGUUCUCGGAGCGAGCGGCUCCGGAAAGUCCACGCUGAUCGACGCGCUGGCGAAUCGAAUCGCCAAGGGAAGCCUGAAAGGAACGGUGACCCUGAACGGCGAGGUCCUGGAAUCUCGGCUCUUGAAGGUGAUUUCCGCCUAUGUAAUGCAAGACGACCUGCUGUUCCCAAUGCUCACCGUCGAAGAAACCCUAAUGUUCUCGGCGGAAUUUCGUUUGCCUCGAACUCUCUCAAGGUCCAAGAAGAAGAUGCGAGUUCAAGCCCUAAUCGAUCAAUUAGGUCUCCGAAACGCCGCCAAGACCAUCAUCGGUGACGAAGGCCACCGCGGCGUCUCCGGCGGUGAGCGCCGCCGAGUCUCCAUCGGCAUCGACAUAAUCCACGACCCGAUCAUCCUCUUCCUCGACGAGCCGACCUCCGGGCUCGACUCCACGAGCGCUUUCAUGGUGGUCAAAGUCCUGCAGAGAAUUGCUCAGAGCGGUAGCAUCGUGAUCAUGUCCGUACACCAGCCGAGUUACAGAAUUCUCGGGUUACUCGACCACUUGAUUUUCUUAUCUCGCGGACAAACCGUUUACAGCGGCUCGCCGACGAGCCUGCCGCUAUUUUUCGCCGAGUUCGGCCACCCGAUACCAGACAGCGAGAACCGGACCGAAUUCGCGCUGGACCAUAUACGAGAACUGGAGGGAUCGCCUGGCGGAUCCAAGAGCUUGGUCGAAUUCAACAAAUCGUGGCAGAACAUGAAGCAGAGCAACAACCCGGGUCGGAGCUCCGAGACGGGGACGGAGCGGCACGGUUUAUCGCUCAAGGAAGCGAUAAGCGCGAGCAUUUCGCGAGGCAAGUUAGUCUCUGGUGCCACCAACACAGCUACGAGCCAGUCCUCGAUGGUCCCGAGAUUCGCGAACCCGCUUUGGAUCGAAAUGGCGGUGCUAGCGAAACGGUCGGUGACGAACUCGCGGCGAACCCCGGAGCUCUUCGGAAUCCGAUUGGGCGCGGUGAUGGUGACGGGAUUCAUCCUUGCGACGGUUUUCUGGCAGCUUGAUGACUCUCCCAAAGGUGCCCAAGAACGGCUAGGAUUCUUCGCGUUCGCCAUGUCGACCACCUACUAUUCCUGCGCCGAUGCCCUUCCGGUUUUCCUCCAACAGCGCUACAUCUUCAUAAGGGAGACAGCUUACAACGCCUACCGCCGUUCCUCCUACGUGCUCUCCCACGCGCUCGUCUCGCUGCCUCCGCUGGUCUUCCUAUCCGUGGCCUUUGCUUGCACCACGUUUUGGGCGGUGGGCCUCGACGGAGGGAUCUCCGGGUUCUUGUUCUAUUUGCUUACCAUCUUCGCUUCCUUCUGGGCAGGCAACUCCUUCGUUACUUUCCUAUCCGGCGUCGUUCCGCACGUCAUGCUCGGGUACACCAUCGUCGUCGCCAUCUUGGCCUAUUUCCUCCUCUUCAGCGGCUUCUUCAUAAACCGCAACCGAAUCCCGAGCUACUGGCUUUGGUUCCAUUACAUCUCCCUGGUGAAGUACCCUUUCGAGGCGGUUCUGCAGAACGAGUUCAGCGACCCCAACAAGUGCUUUGUAAAGGGUGUUCAGAUCUUCGACAACUCGCCGCUCGGGGCUGUCCCCACGGCCCUGAAACUGAAGCUGUUGGAUAACAUGAGCGACACUCUCGGGGUGAAGAUUACGGCCUCCACGUGCUUGACCACUGGCACUGACUUAUUGCAGCAGCAGGGGAUCACUGAUCUCAGCAAGUGGAACUGCCUGUGGAUCACUGUGGCUUGGGGGUUUUUCUUCAGGAUUCUGUUUUACUUUUGUUUGAUGCUGGGAAGCAAGAACAAGAGGAGCUGAUGAAUGAUCAGGUUGCAGAUUGGUGGGUUGGUGAUGCAUGCUGUCAACUAGGGUCGUUUCAUGUUUGUUUGUGUACCAUCUUCUUGUUUUCUUCUACUUUUUUGAAUAUAAUUGGCUUGGAAUUCGACCGUUGGUAUAGGUGA